CUGACAACUUCUAUAAGAGCCGCCACAUGCCUGCCCUUACACUGUCCGGCCACACAUAGUAAUAGUAAUACCAAAAGCAAGCAGGGCUAGCCUGUUUUCCUCCCAAGAACAUGGAGCCGGUCGCCAACGCCAAGAAGUGUUGUCGUCCCUCCAUCUCCACCUCGCUCCAGCUGCUGCUACUGCUGCUUGUGCAGUUGCCGUCUAUGGCCACCUGCCGGCACAAGGAGGAGAUGAAGUCCAUCUACAACGUGGGGCAGAGGGUUGUCCCCGUCCGCCUCGGCCGCCCCGCGUUCGGCCCCGAGAGCCUCGCCUUCGACCACCGCGGCGACGGGCCCUACACCGGCGUCUCCAACGGCCGCGUCCUCCGCUGGCGCGGCCGCCGCGGGUGGACCGAGUUCGCCCACAACUACAAGCACGAGACGGAGGCGAUGUGUGCGGCGAAGAAGAGGGCGGCGUCGCCGGCGGAGAGCGCGUGCGGCCGGCCGCUGGGGCUGCAGUUCCACCGCGCGUCGGGCGACCUGUACUACGCCGACGCGUACCUGGGGCUGAUGCGCGUGGGGCGCCGCGGCGGCAGGGCGGAGGUGGUGGCCACGGAGGCCGGCGGCGCGACGCUCAACUUCGUCAACGGCGUGGACGUGGACCAGGAGACCGGACACGUCUACUUCACGGACAGCAGCGCCACGUACCAGCGGAGUGACUACAUUAUGAUCAUCCUGACCGGCGAAGCGACGGGGCGGCUGCUACGGUACGACCCGGCGACGAACAGCACCACCGUGCUGGCGUCGGGGCUGUCCUUCCCCAACGGCGUGGCGCUGAGCGCGGACGGGGCGCAUGUCGUAGUGGCCGAGACCACGCGGUGCCGGCUGCUCCGCCAUUGGCUGCGCGGCCCGGCCACCGGCACCACCGAGCCCUUCGCUGACCUGCCGGGCUACCCAGACAACGUGCGCCGCGCCGCCGACGCCGGUGCCGGUGCCGGUGGGUACCACUACUGGGUGGCGCUGAACCGGGACAAGUCGUGGCUGGUGAAUGGGACGACGCCCAGGUCGGUGGCUGCUGUCAGGGUCCACGGGGAGACUGGUGCCGUCACCGAGGCACUGCGCGGGCUCGGGAACGCCACGGUCAGUGAGGUGGUGGAGCGGCCCGGCGGCGCGCUCUGGCUUGGCUCCGUCGACACGCCCUAUGUUGGUCUGUUGAAGGUCGACGACCUUUAGAAAUUUUCAGAGUUUUUCAGUCUCAUUGGAUGGUUUACCUGACCAAAAAAAAAACUAGGUGUAAACCUAUCAGACUUCAACUGAUCAUUUUCAAUGAAUUUGCUAGGCGUGACUUGGCACAGCGAAGCCCUUGCUGACACAGAGGGUAAGAAGCUGUUUUAUUUGUAACUGAACCAUGAGUUGACAUUAAUUGAGCUUUUUUUUUAAUGCAAAA